AUGUCGCAAACAACCUCUGAGAAGUCCGAUGCAAUCACGCCGGCACCGGUCCGUAGCAGCGGCAGCAUUGACGCCGGCAAGCUCGAAAACCCUGAAGAUGCUUAUGAGGUCUUCAAGAGAGGCGACGGAGCGGUUGACUUUCGCACGGUUGGUUGGGUCCAUGCCUCGGUCAUUUUCUUGAAGGUCAUUUUCGCCACUGGUGUGCUCACAAUCCCGUCUGCUAUGUACGUCUUGGGGGCGCUUCCUGGUGCCAUCAAUGUCUUGGGCUGGCAGUUCUUGAACACGUACUGCGCGAUCAUCCAAGGAAACUUCCGUAAUGCACACGCCGGAUGUCACUCCAUCGCUGAUAUGGCCAACGUCGUUGGUGGCACUUGGUUGAAAGAGGUUGUUGGCGUCUUGUUCCUCGUCACCUAUGCCAUCGUUGGCGCUUCAGGAAUAUUUGGCACAUCGGUUGCUUUCAACGCUCUUUCUAACCACGCGAUCUGUACCAACUCCUACAUGUUGGUUGCAACGGCUUGCGUCUUCAUCCUUGCGAGUGCCCGCAAGUUCGAGAAAAUCGCCUGGCUGACAUGGGCUGGCUUCAUCUCGGUUUAUGUCGCCGUCUUCAUUGUUGUUGUCGGAGUUACCCAGGUGGACCGACCUGCCGCCGCCCCUAAGACUGGCGACUUCGAUCUUGGAUACCACGUGAUCGGCAACCCGAACUUUGUCACUGGCAUCACCUCCGUCGCUACCAUCUUCUGCUCGGGCGCCGGUACCUCGGCUUUUCUUCCCGUUAUCUCGGAGAUGAAGAAGCCCAGGGACUACAACAAGGCUGUCUACCUUUGCAUGGGAAUUGUUACCGCGUCGUACUUGACCUUCUCACUGGUUGUUUACCGAUACUGCGGUCAAUGGGUGGCCUCUCCAUCUCUCGGAAGCGCAGGAGAUGUGAUCAAGAAGGUCUCCUACGGCAUUGGCUUAACAGGUCUCAUGGUCAGUGCCUGUCUUUACAUCCACGUUGCGGCGAAGUACCUCUUUGUUCGCCUUCUCCGCAACUCAGUCCACUUGCAGAAAAACUCCAUCGUGCAUUGGUCUGUCUGGCUUGCCUGCACUCUCGGCAUGUCUGUUAUUUCGUACCUGAUUGCCUCUGGCAUCCCCAUCUUCAAUUACCUUCUGGCCUUGGCGGGAAGCUUGACGUUUGCGCCAUUGGCGCUGGGACUUCCGGGAUAUCUCUGGGUCUACGACCACCAGCACUACCGCCAAGGUAGCUGGUGGAAGGUCUUGGUCUACUGGCUUAACUGGCUGAUGAUUCUUCUGGCUGUAUUCCUCACUAUUGGUGGUACAUAUGGUGUUGUUCAAAACAUCAUUGAUGCCUACGCAAACGGUUUGAUCGGAGGUGCGUUCGCUUGCGCAGACAACAGCGGAUCUUCAUAA